AUGGGGAGCGGCGGGAGCCGCCGGGGCCCCGCCGUCACGGAGGCGUCCGCGGUGGGCCAGCGGCUGAGCGGCAGCGGUGCGUCGGGCGGCCCCGCUCCCCACAGCCCACCUCAGCCGCCGGGGCCGCGGCCGUGCUUGAAGCCUCACGGCACAGCCGGGGCCCCGGCGCGCUGGCCAGCGGGCUGCGGACCUCGCCGGGGAACGAGGGCUCAGUCCUCUGAUUCCCCACCGCCCUUUCCCGUCGCCGCGAAGCCCGAGGUUAAGUGCAGCGGAGAACAGGAAUUGAAAGCAACGCUGAAGGAGCUGGUCGUCUACGUCGUUUUCCUGACAGACCUCUGUAUACUGACGUUUGGUAUGGUGAGCACAAACAUGUACUACCUGAACAAGGUCAUGUCUCAUCUCUUCCUGGAGCCCUCUGCCGAGGACAACACGAGUGGAUUCAGGAGUAUUGGGAGCAGAGCUGAUUUCUGGAGGUUUGCAGAGGGACCACUUUUGGAGGGACUGUACUGGGACAAAUGGUAUAACAACACAACGUUAACCCUCGAGAACAACAGCAGCCAUAUUUACUAUGAGAAUUUGCUGUUGGGAGUAGCCCGGAUUCGCCAGCUGAAAGUACGCAACAACACUUGCUCCAUCUACCCAUAUUUCCAUAGUUUUUUAGAAGACUGUUACAGUGAAUAUCAUUAUCAAGCAGAAGACAGGUCUGACUUUGGUCCAAGGAACAGAUCUGAAUGGAAAUACACCUCAGCCUCCUCAGUAUCCCCAUGGUACUGGGGAUCUACCGGCUUGUACAGCAGCGGCGGCUAUAUGUUCACCUUACCUAAACUGAAGCAGGAGAGCAGGGAGAAGUUGGUGUUUCUCAGGCAGAACAGCUGGCUCACUAGAGGAACCAGGGUUGUAUUUAUCGACUUCUCAACGUAUAAUGCUAACAUAAACCUCUUCUGUGUAAUCAAGUUGGUGGUAGAAUUCCCUGCUACUGGGGGUGCUCUCACUUCCUCACAUAUCUACUCUGUGAAGCUCCUCAGAUACAUCACAUAUUAUGAUUACUUCUUGGCUUGUUGUGAAAUCAUCUUUUGCCUCUUUAUCAUUACAUUCAUGAUCCAGGAAGCUACAAAAAUAAUAAAACUGAAAAAGAAAUAUUUCAGAAGUGCCUGGAACUGGCUGGACUUGCUGCUGCUGCUGGUAUCCAUCCUUGCCAUUGCCUUCAACAUCUACCGCACUGUCAAAGUGUCUCUGCUAAUGGAAGAGCUGCUGUAUGAUGCCCACAUGUAUCCAGACUUCUAUUUCCUUGCAUUCUGGCAAGUCCUUUACAAUGAUAUGAUUGCUGUCAACAUCUUCUUUGCUUGGAUAAAGAUAUUUAAGUAUAUAAGCUUGAACAAAACCAUGACACAGCUGUCCUCUACUCUAUCUCGCUGCGCCAAAGACAUCAUUGGAUUUGGCAUCAUGUUCUUCAUCAUUUUCUUUGCCUUUGCCCAGUUAGGCUAUCUGGUCUUUGGGUCGCAAGUUGAAGAGUUUUCCACUUUCCAAAACUGCAUCUUUACACAGUUUCGUAUUGUGCUGGGAGAUUUUGAUUUUAAAGCCAUAGAUGCGGCAAACAGAAUCAUUGGACCUCUUUACUUCAUCACGUUUGUAUUCUGUGUGUUCUUCAUCUUGCUGAAUAUGUUUUUGGCUAUUAUCAACGACACCUAUUCAGAAGUCAAAGCAGACUUUGAAAAGAUACCCAGUCAUGAACUUCAGAUCAGAGAUCUCUUUAGACAGAGUUACAAUAAAGCCCUUGUCAAGCUCAAGCUGAAGAAACCAGCAACGGAUGCCAAGCACGAAAGAUGUAUGAGCCAGUUGAAGGCAUCAGUGCUACAGGAAGGGAAAGAAAGACUUGAUCAACAGCAUCUGUCUACAGAGUAUAUGGCCUCAGCCACAGCCCAGAGCUACGUCUCCACUGCAGAAUUUUAUAAGCUUUUCAAGUAUACAGUUGAGUUGAGAAGGGAAUUAAAUAACAUUAGUGAAAGACUCGACGCACUUAGUACAACCACGUUGAGUAUUACAGACAAGAGAGCACAGCGAAAAACUUGA